CGGCAGCAGCUGGCGGUACUUUGUUAGCGCGGCGCCGAGGCGGCGGACGGGAAGAUCGCUGGGAAAAGUGUCAACACUUUAGGAAAACACCGGAGCAAAGCGCCCGUUAGUCGGUACGGAGGUGGCGUUGUUCUGACCGCCUGACGGAGGAUUCGAACCACGUUUUAACCGACCUUCGGGGGAGAUUACCAAGUUCCCCGGAGAGGAAUCCCCCGUCCGGGAUGCGGGACUGAGACAAAGGGUCUGGGGCUUCCCGUCGGGCUGCAGGAAUAACUUCAUCCUUUGGGCUUUCUCUGGAUGGGAGAGAUGGAAAGGGAGUUGCAAUGGUGGAAGGGACAGCUCGCAGCCGAUAUCCAUCAAUCCCUCCGCAUCAAGGAGCUGAAGCUACCGGCGUACCGGGCGCUCUCGCCACAGAUCGGGAUGCGGCGGUACUUUGCGGACCUGCUGGCCAUCCUGAGCAACCGCUACCAGCUGUGCCCCACCGCCCGGCACCUGGCCGUCUACCUCCUGGACCUGUUCAUGGACCACUACGACGUGGCCAUCAAGCAGCUCUACGUCAUCGCCCUGUCCUGCCUGCUCCUCGCCAGUAAAUUUGAGGAGAAGGAGGACCGCGUGCCCAAGCUGGAGCAGCUGAACUCGCUGGGCUUCAUGUGCAGCCUGAACCUGGUGCUCAACAAGAAGGACCUCAUCAAGAUGGAGCUGCUGCUGCUCGAGACCUUCGGCUGGAACCUGUGCAUGCCCACGCCGGCCCACUUUAUUGACUACUACCUCCACGCCUCGGUGCAGGAGGGCGACCUGUACAACGGCUGGCCCCUCUCCUCGCUCUCCAAGACCAAGGCCUUCAUGGACAAGUACACACACUACUUCCUGGAGGUGUCGCUGCAAGACCACGCCUUCCUGAGCUUCCGUCCGUCCCAGGUGGCAGCGGCCUGCGUGGCUGCGUCUCGUAUCUGUCUGCAGAUCUCCCCCAACUGGAACACGGCCCUGCACCUGCUGACGGGCUACAGCUGGGACCACCUCACGCAGUGCAUCGAGCUCAUGCUGCUGGCCCACGACAACGACGUCAAGGAGGCCAACAAGACCAAGUCCACGGCCCCACAGCGCCUGGGCUCGCUGCAGCUCCAGCCCCAGCCCGCCCACCUGUCCCCCGUCUCCGCCCUCCAGCGGCCCGCCUCGUCCUCGUCCACGCCCCAGCCCAUGCUCUACCAGCCCGAGGGCUUCCCCCACCUGUCCCAGCACUCGCCCUCGCUGUCCCAGCUGCAGAUGAUCGCCGACGCGCGCGCGCUGGGCCCCGUGGUCAGCGUCUCCCAGGACUUCCUCCAGGGCCACCGCAUGGGCCUGCUGGCCGCCGCCCCCUCCAUGACCCCCGGCGGCGCCUUCCCCUCCUACCCCGGCCUGGGCUCGGGCCUGCAGCCGGGGCCCCGGCCCCUGCCGCUCCAGGGGCCCAUCUCCAUGCAGAUGGCGUUGGCGGCGGAGCCCCGGCACUGCCUCACCAUGGCGUACAGCGGGGGCUACCUGGGCGCCCACCACGGCUUCACGGCCGGCUGCUUCGACAGGUGACGCCAGGAGACGGAGAGGGACCCGGCCACCGGGCAGGAGUGCGCCCCCAUGUACCCCACGCAGCUCCCGCCCCCCAUCACGCCCCUGGCCGACCUCCUCGCCCUCUCCGUCAGCAGCGUGCCGGGCGGCGCCUGGCCCGACUCCUCCUCCUCCUCCUCCACCUCCUCCUCGUCCUCGUCCUCCUCCCUCUCCAAGCGACGGCUCAAACGCAAGCAGCGUUCCCGUGGCAACAUGGAUCCGGUGGAGGUCAUCACGCUGACGUGAGCGGCGGGCCGACGGGCGCGCUCCGACGCCACAGCGACUCCCACGGAGGCCCCGGGGGCGGGUGGGCCGCCGGACCGUCUGUUAUCACUGUGAGCGGGGCGGGACCUCCGAGCCCGAUGGAAGAGGACACGUGGAAUGAUCUAGACUAUGUACGGUUAUCUCGCUGCUUUAAAUCUGAUAUUAAAAUCCAAAAUGCAUUAACCAAUAAGGAGAGGAGAAACAGGCCAGUAAAUAACGCAUUUCUUUUCAACCCUCCACAAAUAUCUAUAUGCUUUAAAGGAGCCCGUAGCCGCCUGGCCAGGGAACAAAGAAGCUAUGCCAUUUAAUUGAAUUACAGAAUUCCUUUAUGCGCCGGUCUGUCGACGUGAAUGAAAUGCCACUCGGCUUAGAUGGAGCUAUAGAGGUGGAGCUAUAGGGAAGGAGCUAUAGAGGUGGAGCUCUAGAGGGCGAUUGUGAUUGGCUGCACCAGCCCUCAGAUGGUGCAGCAGUAAAGGUCCUUCCUCAGUUACCAGCGUGUGGUGUUCCAUCACGGCUUGGUGAAUCUCUCUGGGAUCUAAUCUCUUCUGCAGCCCCCUCUUCCUCUGCCCAUUCCCUGUUGCAUCCAAAGGACAGCCUGUACGGUCAGCCACCGCCCGCAUCUUCCAGGACCUUGCAGUUAAAUAUCACCAGAAACACUCAAAAGACAUUCGCUGUAAUGGCAGGUUGGGAUUGGCUACUAAUGGGGACCUAGACAUUGGAUCUAUAGCUACUGAUGUACAUUGGCUCUAUGGCUACUGAUUGAUAUUGGUUCUAUAACUACUGAUGGACAUUGGUUCUAUAGCUACUGAUGGACAUUGGUUCUAUAGCUGUUCCAGGGGACAUGGCCGUGUGGUUCUAUAGCUACUGAUGGACAUUGGUUCUAUGGCUUCUUAUUGACAUUGGUUCUAAAGCUGUUCCUGGGGACCUGGACAUUUGGUUCUGGGGUGUGUACAUAUGAAUUGCUGCUGCCUUCUUAUGAACUGUUGGUUCUGUGUCUGUGUUAUUGACUCCAAUGUUUACAUGAACCACAAAGUUGCAGGGACUUGAACAAAUUACUUGAAUAUGAUGCCAUUGAAACGUGCUGUAGCUUUUAUUUAUGACACAGCUUUUUCGCGAUAUUCCUUUUUUUUUUUUCAUCUUUUUUUAUAUAUAUUUUAGUGUAGUUUGUUUAACCAACCAUAGUACCACACCCUGUUUAAAAAUAUAGUUUUUUUGCUGUGUCCUAUUGUAUGACAACUGUAUAAUUAAACUCAGGUCUAAAGGUAGCCACUACUCAAAGCCCCCCCCCCGUUCUAUUUAGUGUGCUUUAAUUGGAUGCUAAUACAGCACCCAUGGGGUCUGGCGUAUCGCCCCUCCUCACCCAGAGCUCCACAUGCUGCUGAGACGUCGAUGACGAACUGCUGAGCAUGUCUACGAACCCCCCCCCCCCCCCCCAAAGGCCCUAUAUAUUCGCAUCGCCGUGGAAACAACCCCGGAGUGAAACUGGUUGCCAUCUGCAGCUGAUCUGCUCAAAUUGCUUCCACGGUUUCAAAAGCGGGCAAUUGCUCGUUUUUUUUUUUUCCUCCUCCACUUCCUGCUCCCCGAAGUAUAAACACAUCCAGAUUCCCAGUGUUGUUCGGCAGCAGUGUUGGGCCCCGUCCGUUUCCAUGGCGACGGCUCCCCCGUAUCCCAGCUGCACCUGAUGUGCACGGCGAGUUGUGUGUGUUUGUGUGUGUGGGUGGCGGCGGUAGUGGUGGUGGUGGUGGGAAAUGAAAAAAAAAAAAAGAAAACCCGACGGCAGUAAACGAAUGCUGUGGCCGAGCCGUCUCCUCUUUUAGAAACUGACACAACUGUAUUUUCUCUGGCGGCCGGGUGCCACUUUUCACACCCGCCAGAGGACUCCAUGAGCUCCCUGAAAAAUAGGUUUGCCCGCUUCUACUUACGGUUCCAAGGGUUGCCGGAGACAGCUCACCGUGCUAGUGCCUUGUCCGGCUGGUGGUGGACGACUGGGGUCGUACAGCCAGAGACGACGUUGUAAAAUGUAACGAUAACACUACGACAUGACCUCCCGCUCUGCCUUCCACCCGACGCACCCACCUAUUCCAGACAGAUGUUUGUGUUGUUUUAUAAACCACUGUUGAGGACAUUUUGUGUACCUUUUCUUUUUUUUCACCACAGACUUUUUCUCCCGUAUUUUUAAUGAUUUAUUUUUUCAUGGUUUGUUUUUUACAUUCCUUUAUAUAGGUGCAUUAUAGUUUUAAGCUUGUUUAGUUAAAGCUUUAUUUCACAUUGACGUUGGUAUGAACACGGUUUUUUAAUGUUUUUAUUUAAGACAAUAACCUGCUCUCCCUCACUAAAAAGAGCAACCACCCACUGAAUUCUGCAAGGUGCAAUAUGUUUAUUCUCUGUUGUAUAGCAUUGUCACAACCAUCACUGUGAAUUGUUCACCACUGGUAGAUCUUUUAUAAUUUAUUUUGAUAACUGACUUGACCUGGCGUCGAUUGAUCACGGCCAGCGGCUCUGAACGCACCACAUAUGUUGCAUAUUGCAGCCCUUUUCAUUGAGCGAUCAGGUACACACUGAUUUUUGUUUUUCCUUUCUAUUCCGAUCAAGACACCACUCCACUAAAACACAAGACGUCUCUCAUGAGAGGUCUGGACGGCACAAACUUUGUAUUUUUAUAAUAUUUUGUUACCAUAUGUUAGUUUGGUUUAAUGUGACACAUGAUAAAGGAAACGUUUUUUUUUAUCGAUUGUGGCAUGGAAAAUAAAAAAAUAAAAAAGAUUGAACAGAA